AUGCUACAGAGCUUGCAGAUCCUCCAGGUCGUGUUGCAAGUCGCAGUUCUGGUGCUGGUCAUCGUUGCAGUGCACCUCCACUCGUGGGCCCUCACGUUCGCGCCGGACGGCUACUGCCUGCGCCUCGUCAACGGCAGCUCCGAGUGCCAGCCCUUCCUGCACGCCAUCCUCGAGAGCUCGCGACAGCCCGACGACUGGCCGAGUGCAGCCCCCGACCCGCUCGCCGUGCUUCCGACUCGUCUAGAAAGCCACGACGUCAACAACGAAGACUUGGUGGCCACUCAGGCGCUGUCCUGCUGGUGCCACACGCGUGGGGAGCUCACGUGGUACAUGCAGGGCGCCCAGAACGUGGCGUGUCUUGUGGUGCUCGAGACUGUCAAGUACGCCAUGGCGCUCUGGGGCUUCUUCGCGACGGCGAGUCUCGGCAUGUCGGCCAUGUUUCUCCCGAGGAGCUUCAGGGGGUGCCACGCGUUCGCGAGCUUCACGUGCGCCAUGCUCGGCUUCCUCGUGACGGUGGCGUGGUGGUAUUACAGCAGCACGUACAUCGACCGCGACUACCUGGACGAGCUCGCGCUGAAUUGGCGCCACGGAGUCUCCUACCACUGCGCGCUCGUAGCGUUCGCCCUUGCGACGACCAAUGCGCAGAUCGCGUUUGAUGCUGCGGGUCCUGCUGGCACUCAAAAGUUCACCAGGCGCUUCAUCCGACCGACGCCGACGAUGCAGCAAGUUGACGACUGGGACCCGCUCUCCUGCCCAGCCAACUAUCUUGUGUAA